AUGGAUGUGAGAACUAUAGGAAUCGCCCCAAAUCCAGAAUGUUUAAAAGGAGUGGUUGCAUGCCAGUGUGAACUAGGUCGAGAGAGAUUACUUACUGCUCCACCUUACAAACGAGCAGCCUCACCACCAUGUGAUGAAUCAAAGUCAAGGUACUCGACAGCACCGUGCGCAAGGGACCUCGAACAAUACAAAUGCCCCAUAAGCCAUAUAUUGGUCACAUUUAAAUCGCCCCUACAUCCCAACGAAGUGUUCAACAAGGUCUUCCCAGCAAAUACGCCAAUAAAAUACGUCAAACGCAAAUUAGCCAAAUUACUCUCGGUGUCAAAUAAUAAUCUUCUAUUGACUAAAAAUAGAACCGUACUGAAGGAAACCAGUGUACUGUCCGAUCUAAAGACUGAUGCACUCGGAAACUUAGUUAUUGACGUUUUUACGAAAGAUUCUGAUGAAUUCUCAUUGUCAUCUGUACCAAAAGAAUCUUAUGUGCAUGAACUUCUACAUGCUGUUAUACCUAAGAAAAAGACGAUGCCUUUUAUAGCGAUAAAGUUCAGAGUUCGCAAUCAAAACGGCAUAUUUACUCGUUCAUACCAUUCAAUAAUGAAAGUUCAUGAAAUUAAAAAGAAUUUAGCAGGACUUUUCCAAGUAGACCCAGAUAACAUAGUACUUUUACGUGGCAAAAAUCCGUUAAAAGAUCGCAUGGCUCUAUCGGAUCUUGAUUAUGAUAAAUACGGAAUAGUCGAGGUAGAACUGUUAACGAAAAAUAACGAGAAAUUAAAUUUCGAUAAACUAUACAAAGAAAUGCCUAUUAAUGAUGUUUUAACUGUCAUGGUACCUUUUGGUAGUACUGUGAAGCAGAUAAACGUUGAAAUUUUUUCGAAAGCUAUGGAAAAACCUUAUUUGGGCGGAUAUAGAAAUGUUUUCACAGGAACGAUUUAUCAUCACGCAUAUACACAAACACCUCAAAAACCAGAGAAAUUACCUCCUGAGAGAAAAAGCUGCAGGGACACCCAAACAGCAGAAGAAAAAGAAAAAAUAUAUGAUACACCAUAUAGCCGAUCUACGCAAAUGAACACCGUACAUGCUUACAUCCCGAAUGUAACGGAUAAAAUUAUUAUACCAAAACCAUAUGAGACUUAUGAAAAAAUGAUUUUUCGUUUGAAUCACAAUCACUACGCUGUAGUUAUCCAACGUGCCUUCAGACAUCAUCAGUUUAGACAAAAAGUAAAAAAAUGGAUUAGAGAAUGCAUGGAGAGGAUAGCAAAAAUGAAAGAAGAAAAUAGACUAGAGCGAGAAGCUAUGGAGCGGCGUCUACGUCGCGAUCUAAUAACGAAAACAUUUCCGAAAACACGUGAAGAUUUUGAUCAACUGUAUGCUAUGGUUGACCGCUGGAAACACGCAGAAAUAGCUCGAAUUUCACAAUUACAUUCCAAAGGUCCCAAAAUUGCUGAAUUUACAUUGCUUCUCGAUAAGGAAGUGGAAUUACUACGUUGUAUUGAAGCUUAUAGAAUAAAAGUGAAAGAAGACAGCAGAAAGAUCAAAGAGAAAAAAUUUUUAGAAGAAAUUUCUAAACCCGUCGCAUGGUUUGGCAGGGAUGGUAAACUAAUUACAAUGGAGACGGUAGAAAUACAGAAAGCACAAAAACUCAAGGAAUUGUACAACUCUUUUAUCCGUGAAGAUAUGACAGUGAAAGAACGCAUGGAGCUCCUCGUUGAUUUGAAAUUUGCUCUACAAGAGUUCCGUCACCCAUUAGCUGAGGAAAUAAUAAUACUAUUAGAUAGAGAAUGUGAUCUUCUCAUCAGAAGAUGUAACGAGCACCAACUUGAAUUUUUGAGACGAAGAAUCGCAGCAAGUGUAUUCCAAUUGAUUAAAACAUCAGAACUGAAUUCUGGAGUGACUAAAUGUAAAGACAUUAGAGACUAUAGAAAAAUGGAGAACAAUAGACUGUAUUUUUGCGAGUUGUGUCAUCAAGUUAAAUCUUACACAAAUUUCCCAUUGAAUGCCAAAAUGAGCGGUUACUUGGUAUGCACUUCGUGUUCGUGGAAAGAUGUAACUGAACGUUCUUGGGUUGAUAUGACUCCAUACAGGUUUAUUCUACGUGCCGUGCAGCGUGACGAGCGGAGACGUAAAUGUUGGGGUUCUCUAGCAUUCGUCCUACAAGAUAAGGAUAUAUUUUUUAUUGUCGAAAAACUUUGGCAUUCUCAUUCUGCGAUAAGUGAAUGUAACGAUGUUACUGAACUUAGAUUAUGCCGAUGGCAUGUUAAUGAAGACUGGUCUCCAUGGAACUGCUUUUUGGUUACCGUCCAAGAAAUGAAAGCACAUUUGAAACUUGAAAUGCCAGAAGAGGUGUAUGAUGAGGAAUUGGUACAAAAGGUGCACAAUAAACAUAAAUUGGCUAAGGCUAACUUUGAACAACUGAUAACUGUGAAUAAACGAUUCACAGAAACGGGCAAUUGGCAAGGUGUUCGCGCCCCAGCCGUAGCGCAUGUAGAAGCUGUAGAUCAGAUCUAAGUACUUAAUUGUUAUUUAGAAAUUUUUAGGAUUAUUUAUUAUCAAUCAAUAUUGUAUGUAUGCAUUGUAUUGUUGUUAUCACUUUAUGUUUUAUAGUUCACAAAUGUUAAUUGUUUGUAUUAAUUUUUAACCAUGUUAUUCAAUUCACAUUUUAGUGCUAUGUCUAUCAAUGUUCGUCUAUUCUUAUGACUAGGGUCAUCGCGUUCUAUAUAAAAAUUUGGUACAAAAUAAUAUUUAAGCUGUUUUGUUUCUUUCACCGUAAGAUAGUUUCCAAAACAUAAUUGUCUUUUUUACCUAGUCAUAAGAUUAGAUUUUAAAUAGGCUUAAAUAAAGAUGUAAAAUUUUAUUAAAAAGGUAUUUUCUACAUUUCCAAGAUUUAC